AUGGGUACCAACCUCAUCUCCGGUGGACGAAUGUUCCAAGGGGCAGGGACAAUGGCAGAGAAGGCUCUCUUCCUGGAUCCCAUGAACUGGAGUUCUUUAGCUGAUGAGGUCUGCAAAUACUUUUCCUACCAGACCAGUAUACCGAGUAUGAGCUUCUGGCAUGUCCUGCCCUUCUUCUUUGCCACUCAUGAGAUCAACCAGAAUCCAAAGCUGCUACCCAACAUCACCCUGGGCUAUAACAUCUAUGAGAACUUUUUCAAUGCAAGGAUAACAUAUGAGGUCAUGAUGGACUUGCUGUCUACAGGACAAGAGAAUGUCCCAAACUUCAGUUGUGGAAGACAAAAUAAUCUUCUGGCUGUGCUUGAAGGGACUGAUUCGGAGUUCUUUACUUCCAUUUCAACUAUGCUGGGCAUCUACAAAAUUCCACAAAUCAACUAUGGGGUCAUCAGCCACAUUCCAGAACAGAAACAUCAUUUCCCUUUUUUCUACCGGGUGAGUCCAAAACAAGAACCUCCUCACUUGGCAAUUGUCAAGUUGCUCCUGCAUUUCCAAUGGACGUGGAUCGGCCUCACUGCUCCAGAUGAUGAAAGCGGAGAAAAGUUCAGAAGAACCUUUGUGCCAGAAGCCAUAAGGAAAGGUGUCUGUGUUGCCUUUUCAGAAAGCUUACCCAUGGUUCUUAGAGCAGGGAGGGAAAAGGACAUCCUUGAAUAUUUUAGUGACACUAAAGUGAAAAGUAUUGUUUGCUACUUGAACUUUCAUGCCACAUUAAUACUAGCAGUGCUAAUACGAGACAUUGAAAAGACAAAAAUCAUGUUUGGGGGAAAACUCCAUCCUUUUUUAAGAAAAUCCCAGAUUUACAAUUUUUCUGUGAAUGAUGUUUAUUUGGAUGAGUAUGGAAUUCCCACUGCUGACUUUAAUAUCAUGGACUGGGCAGUAUUUCCCAACAAGUCUGCUGCUGGGGUAAUAAUUGGGAAUGUUGAAAAAGAAGUCUCUUCAGACAUCAAGAUCUCUGUGGAUGAGAGCGCCAUCGUAUGGCCAACAUCUUUUAACCAGAAGGCACCCUUUUCUAGGUGUACGGAAAGUUGCCUCCCAGGAUAUACCAAGCUUAUGAGAGAGGGAGAACCAGUUUGCUGCUAUGACUGUUCUCCAUGUAUGGAAGGAACCAUUUCUGUGCAGGAAGAUGUAGUCCAUUGUGAAAAAUGUCCUGAUGACCACCAUUCCAACAAGAAGCGGGAUAAAUGUGUCCCCAAAGGUAUAAUGUUUCUGUCCUACAGAGAAAACUUAGGUGUCAUAUUGGCUGUCUCUGCAAUUUUUUUGUCUCUUACCACUGCCUUAGUUCUAGGAAUCUUUAUUAAAUACAGAAAAACUCCUAUAGUCAAAGUCAACAACAGGGAUCUCACCUACAUUCUCCUGAUCUUUCUCCUGCUUUCCUUCUUGACUUCCCUUCUAUUCAUUGGUCAACCCAAGAAAGUGACCUGCCUUCUUCGACAAACUGUCUUCAGUGUUGUUUUCUCAGUUGCUGUAUCAUCCUUGCUGGCCAAGACUAUCAUGGUGGUGAUGGCAUUUCUGGCCACAAAGCCAGGAAGCAAAAUUAGGAAAUGGCUGGGGAAAUCUUUGGCCAAUUGCAUCAUCUUCUCCUGCUCUGGUGUUCAGGUGGCCAUCUGUUUCAUAUGGCUGGGAAUCUUUCCCCCAUUCCCAGAUUCUGACUUAUAUUCCCAAAAAGGGCAGAUUCUACUUCAAUGCAAUGAAGGUUCAAUCACCAUGUUCUAUUCUGCCCUUGGCUACUUGGGCUUUCUGGCUUCCAUCUGUUUCUUGGUGGCUUUUUUAGCCCGAAAACUACCAGGAAGCUUCAACGAAGCCAAGUUGAUCACCUUCAGCAUGCUGCUCUUCUGCAGUGUUUGGGUUUCUUUUGUCCCUGCCUACCUGAGCACUAAAGGGAAAUAUGUGGUGGCUGUGCAGAUCUUCUCCAUCCUGACCUCCAGCCUUGGCUUACUCAGCUGCAUCUUUGUCCCCAAAUGUUACAUCAUCCUUCUGAGACCGGACAUGAAUGUGAAGGAGCAUUUAAUAAUGAAAAACAAUGAGUGA